CCAAACUCUUAGGUUUGUCAUUAUGUUUACAUUUUGAGAAUGACAUGGAAAGUAAUAAUCUUUAGCAUUACUUAAUGAUUUUGAAGUUGUUUGUAUAAAAGAAUGGAAAGUAUUAUUAUGCAUUAAUAAUUUUUACUCAUUUAAAUGGCUAGUAGGGAAAAAGACAAGAAAAAACAUCGUCCAGAAAGCAAGAAGAAAGGACGAGAUGUCGAACGUGUUCAAGUUCUGAAGCAUUAUGACACAUUUUAUGGGCAGGCUCCCCCAGGAUUAGUUAAAGAAGAAGAAGAGCACCCAGAAGAUUGCAUUCCUGAUUUACCUGAAAAUAGAGAGGCUCGGGAAUUCUUAUCAAAAGCACCAUCAAAAGGAUUAUGGAUGCCUCUUGGAAAAGAAGUGAAAGUCAUGAAAUGCUGGAGAUGUAAAACAUAUGGACACAGAACAGGUGACAGAGAAUGCCCAUUAUUUGUGACUGGAAAUGCAGAAAUUGAGAAGUUCCGCUAUAUACAUGAAGAUCCUAUGCAUAAUUUCUUAACUGAAAAGCGAAAAGCUGAAAAACUAGAAAGGGUUCAACAGUUGCAAGCUUUGUUGGCAUCAUCUGAUAGUUCUUCAAGUUCAUCUUCUGAUAGCUCAUCUGAAGAGAAACAUAAACAUAAAAAGAGGAAGAAAAAAUCACAUCAUAAACAUAAAAAGAAGAAAAAACGUAAACAUUAAUUUCUGUGAAGUAUUUCCAUUUUCUGUAUAGUGUAAUAUAUAAUAAUUAAAAUUUGUUACAUGUUUAUCAAAAUAAAAAUGACUUAGCCUCUGAUAUAUAAAAG